GAAGGGCUAAAUUUAUUGUCAUUUUCUUCUGAACUACUUGAUAUCCCCCAAGAGUUGAGCAAAAAAUUAGAGUUAAAGUUAGAGGAUAGUUUUUACGUGAGGAAGGAAGUAUUAGAAAGGAAGGAAAUAGAGCGGGCGAUUACGAUUGAAAAUGAAACUGAAAUAUGUUUGCAAAGACUUCUAACUGAGGAAAGUAAUAAAGGAAAAAUUAUUGGAACUGCUAGUGGAAUUGGAACAGGAGCGGCCGGUGGAGCGGCGGCUGGGGCUGGCUUAAUGGUUCUUGCUGCCCCAUAUACGUUUGGUCUUUCACUAUCACUUGUCCCGGUGGCCGCUACGGCGGGAGCCAUCGCAGGAGGCUUAGGUGGAGGCACUACUGGUUUUAUGACCGGGGCUUUAGUUGAUAAAUUUUCCAACUCGGAAAUAGUUAAAAUAAAAAAGGAAAUAAAAGGUUUCUUGGAGGAUUACAAAAAGAUGGUGGAAGAAAAAUCCCACGACUGCCAAGAAGAGAGUAUGAAAGAGCAAAAAGAAAAUUAUGAUAAUGAAGUUAGAGAGUUAACAGCCUACAUAGAAAAUAGUAAUAAUUGA